GCUGUUCGCCCGCCCCUGUGAUACUCCGAGGAGCCCCUUCCUGUUUCUGUAGAUUACAGCAUGUGGACUGAUCCGAUACUCUGACCAGAAACCAGCGGACUAAGACAACUGAGGGGAGGGGGAGACGAAAGGACAGGCGUGGUGGUGGUGGUGGUGUGGCCAUGGAUGGAAGGAGAGUUUGCGUGUUGAUGGCGCUGUGGGUUUUAGCUCACCUCAGCUCUCCGACUUUCGGGCUCAAAGCCCUGCGAAGGACUACAGGGGGGCGGAAGGGGUCCACGGGGCUGACGGGAGAGGACGCCAAUGGAGUGCCCCUCAGGCGCUCCAAACGAGGCUGGAUGUGGAACCAGUUCUUUUUGUUGGAGGAGUACACCGGGACGGACAUGCAGUACGUCGGAAAGCUCCACUCGGAUUCCGACCGCGGGGACGGCAGCGUGCGCUACGUCCUCACGGGGGAGGGGGCGGGGACCCUCUUCAAGAUAGACGAGAAGUCCGGAGACAUCCACGCCACCAAGAGGCUGGACCGGGAGGAGAAGGCCUACUACAUCCUCCGCGCCAAAGCCGUCAACCGCUUCACCAGCGAGGGGCUGGAGGGCGACUCCGAGUUCAUCAUCAAGAUCCACGACAUCAACGACAACGAACCGCGAUUCACCAAGGACCCGUACUACGCCAGGGUCCCCGAAAUGUCUGAUAUCGGCACUUCGGUAAUUCAGGUGACGGCCACGGACGCCGACGACGCCACUUACGGGAACAGCGCCAGGGUGGUGUACAGCAUCCUGGAGGGCCAGCCGUACUUCUCUGUGGACCCGGAGACCGGCCUGAUAAAGACGGCGCUGCCGGGCAUGGAUCGAGAAGUCAAAGAAAACUACCAGGUGGUCAUCCAGGCCAAAGACAUGGCCGGACAGAUGGGAGGGCUCUCGGGAACCACUACGGUCAGCAUCACCCUCUCUGACGUCAACGAUAACCCGCCGCGCUUCACCAAGACCAUGUACGAGUUCAGAGUGCCGGAGUCCAUAGAGGUCGGGGCCACGGUGGGAGUGAUCCGGGCCAUGGACGCCGACAUCGGGGAAAACGCAGAGAUGGACUACAGAAUCAUCCGGAGCGACGGGCCCGGCAUGUUUGACAUCGGCGCCAACAGGAGCACGCAGGAGGGCGUCAUCGUGCUGAGGAAGCCUCUGGACUUCGAGAAGAAGCGUCAGUACAGUCUGAGCGUCCAGGUGGAAAACGUCCACAUCAACCCUCGCUUCUUCUCCGUGGGGCCCUUCAGGGACGAGGCCACCAUCAAGAUCGUGGUGGAGGACGUGGACGAGCCGCCCGUGUUCGAGAGAGCCAGCUACGUCAUGGAGGUGAAAGAGGACGCGGCGAGGAACACCAUCAUCGGCUCCGUCAGCGCCGCGGAUCCCGACGACAAAAACAGUCUCGUCAGGUACACGAUUGAUCGGCGCACAGACAUGGACCGAGUGUUCAACGUCCAUGCAGGCAACGGGUCAGUGUUCAUCCUCCGGGAUCUGGACAGAGAAGAGAACCCCUGGCACAACAUCUCCGUCAUAGCCACAGAGUUCAAUAACCCGCGACAGAUCAGCCGCGUGCCCGUGUACGUCAGAGUGCUGGACGUCAACGACAACGCUCCAACGUUUGCCACCAAUUACGAGACGUUUGUGUGUGAGAACGCUAAAGCUAAUCAGAGGAUACAAACCAUAAGCGCCACAGAUCCCGACGAGCCUCUCGCUGGACACAGAUUCUUCUUCAGUCUGGCUCAGGAGGCUGCUGGGAAGGCCAACUUCUCCGUCCGCGAUAACAAAGACAACACGGCCUGGAUCCUCACACGCAGGAACAGCUACAACAGUCUGCAGAAGAGCGUCUACCACGUGCCGGUGGUCAUUUCCGACGGAGACUUCCCCAUGCAGAGCAGCACCAGCACGCUGACCAUCCGGGUGUGCACGUGCGACCGCGAGGGAAACAUGAAGCUGUGCAACGCCGAGGCCUUCACGGCGAGGGCGGGACUCAGCACGGGGGCCCUGGUGGCCAUUUUGCUGUGUGUCAUCAUUCUGCUCAUGAUCGUGGUGCUGUUCGCCGCCCUGAGGAGACAGAGGAAGAAGGAGCCUCUGAUCAUCUCCAAAGAGGACGUCAGAGACAAUGUCGUCAGCUACAACGAUGAAGGGGGCGGCGAGGAGGACACUCAGGCCUUUGAUAUCGGCACGCUGCGCAACCCGGAGGCCAUCGAGGAGAGCAAGCAGAGGAGGGACAUCGUGCCCGAGACCUUCUACCCUCCGGUGCGGCGUCCCGUCCUCCCGCCGAUCAGGGACAAUAACGGCGACGUGAGAGACUUCAUCAACCAGCGGCUGCAGGACAACGACACCGACCCGACGGCGCCGCCUUACGACUCCCUCGCCACCUACGCCUACGAGGGGAACGGCUCGGUGGCGGAGUCGCUCAGCUCGCUGGAGUCCGUGACGACCGAGGGCGAUCAGGACUACAACUACCUGAGCGAGUGGGGGCCGCGGUUUAAGAAACUGGCGGACAUGUACGGGGGCGACGACAGCGACAGGGAUUCCUAACGAGGGGCCUGACACACGGACGAGGGGAAGAGAGAAAUUUGAAAUGUUGACAAACAUUCCGGGGGCCACUUUAGGCCUCAAUCAAGCGUGGCGAGGAAAAAUGGCGACAAGGACCUAGAAACGAGCCCCCGUGCUCUUUCACCGCCAUCGAUCACCAUUCACAGUCGUCCCUCCGAGGUGACCAGACGUAGGCUUUGUGUGUCCAGUCAGUGUUAGUUGCGUUUUUUGCAAGGGUGCAGUAAAAAAAACAAAAAAAAAACACUUUGUGUGGAGACAUUUUUUGUGUGUAUAUGGGUGUACAUGACGCCCAAAUAUAUCUAAAUCAACAUUUUCUUUUCUUUUUUUUUCCAAAGCUGCGUGCGAUGGGACACUUUCAACAAGCAGUUUUGUAAAAACCAACAGAUAUGCCUAUGUAUUUUUCAGUGUUUCUGGGACAAAAACAUGCUGCAUAUUGUGAGUUCUAUCUUAGCUUGUGUACCUAUGGUAAUAUGAAACAUUACGCUGUACAGUUGUUUUUUUUGUUUUUUUGGAAGGGAUUUCUAUCAUCCGAAUGAUGCCCCUUCUUUCAGCGACUGGCUGCCUCUCAUUAGCCAUAGAUGUGCUCCGGCCAGAAGUGCUCAACAAUUCAAUAAAACAAUCUUGAUUGGAUGGUAGAGGUAUACAUCACCAUAGCUGGGUUUCUACCCCAGGAACUUUCCCUUAGAUACUUGGAACCUUUCAAGGUGUUCCCAUUGCAGAGAAUAUCUGACUUCAGUUCUAGGGACUUUAUUUUUCCCCCUAAAAAGUUCCUGCUUUGGGAUAGUACUUCCAAAAGUACAAUAAUUUUUGGGGGGGGGGCCUUAUGUGCAAACUCAUUUCUGUUUUUUUUUUAGAUUUAAAAUUCAGCUUGGGAUACACAGUAGAUGCAAAGUUUCGCCCAAAUGGCGUCUGAAAGGUUUUCAUACACCAAUGGGAUCAUUUGCGUAAUCAUUGUCGAGGAACCUUUUUGUUCCUGUAAAAGUAGUUCCUGGUACUCAAAGUUGCCAGUGGAAAUGCGUCCUUAGUUGUUGUACAUUACUGGUGACAAGCGGGACUUUAUUUUUCCCCCUAAAAAGUUCCUGCUUUGGGAUAGUACUUCCAAAAGUACAAUAAUGUGGGGGGUGGGGCCUUAUGUGCAAACUCAUUUCUGGUUUGUUGAGCAUUAGCAGUUCAAUUCAGCUUGGGGAAACACAGUAGAUGCAAAGUCUUGCCCAAAUGGCGUCUGAAAGGUUUUCAUACACCAAUGGGAUCAUUUGCGUAAUCAUUGUCGAGGAACCUUUUUGUUCUUGUAAAAGUAGUUCCUGGUACUCAAAGUUGCCAGUGGAAAUGCGUCCUUAGUUGUUGCACAUUACUGGUGACAAGUGACUAACGUACAUUAAAGUGUUGGUGAAGGAAUGUGGAUUUUUACAGCCACAACAAAAACACCUUUUUUUGUCAUUUGUUCAGCAAACUGAAUUUUCAUCUCCACACAGCUUUGAGCAGUCGCUGUGAGGGUGAGCCAAAAUACCAAAUAUUUCUUUAUUGCGCUGAAUGUCUUCAGAAUCAUUUUCUCUGUGCAGCAAACACUUUGGGUUGAGAAAUGAACCUCACAGGACAGUGUUAUUUCCUCCCGACAUUGAUAAAAAUCACCAAUCGUAAGUGCAAGCCGACUCAGUUAGAGGAAAACACAGAUCCUGCUGGGAUUUUUUAUCUCGUCUCAAACAACAGAAAUGUGUAAAUGUGUUCGCUCUGUUCAGUCGGUGUGAUUCACAGUCACGUGACCUCUUGCUACAUGAAAGAUGCAAAACGUUUGAAAGUAUGGUAUGGAAUCAGAUUUCAUGAACAGUUUUCAUUAAAAUCCAUCUUGCAAUUCUGAUUUUUCUAACCCUAAAUGUUUUUGGUUUGUGUGUUCAGGGGAUUAGGAAACUUUCUGAGGAAAGUUGAGGGACUCAUUGGAGAAAAUCACAUGUUUGAAAUUGGACUCUGUCCUUUUAGAAAGUGUGAUUACUUUCAAUUCCUGUCAAUGAAGACAUGAAUUUGUUUUUGGGGUCUUACAAAGAGAUACCAUAGGAUGUGAUGAGACGCAACACAACGCGUCACACUUUACAGUGUGAUAUGAUACAAUACAGUUUAUUGUCCCCUUGGAGGCUAUUUGUGUCGGACUCCAGUGCAGCACAUUUUGAGCUUCCUCUAGAGAGAACCCAACACAGAUAAUCAAACAAACUAUAAAGAAAUAAAUGAAGACCUUACCUAAAGCUAGGCCUGCAACUCAUGCCUAUUCUAUUUACUCAUUUAAUACACAUUUAAUUCUAAACUGUAUCAGUUUAUAGCUUAGUCUGUCAAAUGUCAAAGAGUUGUGAAGGAUGCUCAUUGCAAUUUAUUUUAGAUCCAGAGCUGCCGUCUUCAAAUUGUUCCUUUGUCAAACCAACGGGUUAAAACCUUAAAAAGACUAUUCAUUAAAAUCACUUCAAAAAGCAGCAGAACGUUUGAAAUGUUUGUUUAAAAAAAUCAGCUGAACAAUACCAGAUUAAUUGGCAUUUGUGGCGAUUGUUUUUUUUGGGAUUCAUUAAAUAUUUUGCUCCAUCUCGAGCAGUUGAUUCUCAGCUGGUCUGGCCGAACCCACCAGUUGAAAAGCACUGACCUUGAACGUUAAACAUCAAGAAUCUCACUUAAAGCCUCACUUGUUUGAUCAAGCUGUCCUGAGAGGGGGCUCGCUCCUGCCCAGCUGAAUGUAUACAAAUGGGAAAACGACAGUUGAGUAAAGGAAAAGUGCCAAUAACACAAAGGACACCAGUAUGUUCCUUCUCUCUGUAUUCUACCAACAGCCCUUCAUUACAUGUAUGAAGGUAGUGUUGGACGUAAAGCCAGUGCGAUUGUCCGGGCUUUGGCGCUGUGAUUUCCUGAGGGACCAGCGGCUUUGUCCAUAAAGGACGUUUUUAUCAAGGAGCACCUGACCUUUGAGAGUUGAGGAAUCAGGUUCUUAAAGCCAGAGGUGUGUCCUCGGCUCAGAGAGAAAGGUCAAAAACAUUAUCCCGCAGGAAGGAACUCACACACAUCCCCUUCAGUUUUUUUUUUAUGUAAUUUAGAAAACAUACAAAAAAUAUAAAAAAGCAAUAUAGUCAAAUUACUUUAAGAGCUCCAAAAUAUGAAUAUUUUCCAAUAAGAGGGCUGGUUGGAGUGUGAUAUCAACAGGAGGCUAAAACAAGCUGUGCCCUCACUUUAGCAAAAGGCCAGCCAGUGAAGAGGCUGACAUUUAUCAGACAUUUGAAACAGUAACAACAAAACAUAACGGCAUAAUUGCCACUUUUUCUCCCCGCGCUCUGAAGCAGGCUUGACAUCAGCGGUGAUGCAGCACAUUAAACAAUCCAAUUGAUAAUAAAAAUGAAAAAAAGACACAAUUGUUGGAAAACAUUUGUUCUAUGCGCAGAUUGUAUACACGUCGCCCCCCCCCCCCCCCCCCGUUUUUGUUUAUUAGCUUGUUGCUGGAGCUUCCUAUUGUGAAAGUGGCCGUUUUCAGACCGUGGCAACGUUGCAGCGAUAAGCAUUUAAUGGGUUUAGAAACCCCUUCACUCGCUUCUCUGCCCCGAGGUGCCGUGUGACGUCUCAAAUGGAAAUCGACAUGACAGCUGCACUCGCAAAAAAAAAAAAAAAAAAAAAAGCAUUUCUUACUUCAGUCGUCACUAUUUUUCUGUCUUCAUGCAAAGUGUCAGCAUAUCGCCAUUACGGAGACGUUGCUUGUGUUUGUUCCUAUGGAGAGUGUAAUUACCUCCGAGUGUUGGCGCCGCGCUCAGCUGAGAUAACGGGAAAAUGUUGCACACUUGUCGAUUACAGCGACGCCACAUGUAUGAGGUUUUUUAUUUUUUUAUUUUUAAGUUGCAGCAACUGGAAUGGUGACGCUGGUGUCCUCUUCUCUCCACAUACGAUAGACAACGUGGUUGUUGGUGUGUAGAAACGGUCGGCCGCGGGGGGGGGGGGGGCUCGCCUCUACUUAUGUUGGUGACAAUGUGAUUGAGCAGUGGAGUUUUGUCAAUGUAGAAACAGUCUGAGAGGUUGUGGUAGUGUUAAAAAAAAAGUGGGGCCCUACGUCAUCGGCCGCUCAUCAAUCUGCUUUGUAAAACGUGAUAUUUUGUACUGAAUAUUUAUAUGACACAAUUAAAUCUCUUUAAAAAUCA